UCUCAAAGACAUCGAUCUCCCUCCUUCCCAAUACUGCAACCAACGUACUAUUAACCAUCAUCAAUCAAAAUGGCUUCAAUCUUCCUCUCCUCCUUGAAUCCUCCCCCCGACUCUCCCCCACCACCUAAGACCCCCUCUCUAUCCUUAUCCCCCUACUUAAUAAUACUAUUCUUAUCCCCCCAUCCACCAUGAUCCUCCGAGCAUCCUUACUCCACCUCUUCCUCACCCUCUUCGCCCUCUUCGCCCUCCUAUCGACCACCUCCAGCCACCCCACCAACCAAUCCCUCCCCUACGGCACGGUGCUAGACCACUGCGUCAUCCCCGGAACCAUUGCCCUGACCUUCGACGACGGGCCCUACGUCUUCACCCCCGCGCUCCUGGACAUCCUAGCCGAGCACGGCGUCCGCGCCACCUUUUUCGUCAACGGCUACCGACUCGCCGAGAACGUCGAUGUUCUUCAGCGGAUCGUUGCGGAGGGGCAUCAGGUUGCUUCGCAUACAUACAACCACGCCUACCUCCCGAGCCUCGACUACACCACGAUUGUGCAAGAAAUGCAAGGGCUAGAAUCCCUCUUCCGGUCCUUUGUCGGCAUCGUGCCCCACUACAUGCGUCCGCCGUAUCUCGCUGUCGACGAGCGCGUCCUCGCCGCCAUGAGCGAUCUCGGCUACCACGUUAUCGGCGCCAGCGUCGACACCAAGGACUUCGAGAAGGAUGAUCCCUGGUUGAUUCACGAUAGUAUCCGGCGGUUCGUGCAGGGGGUUAAUGCCGGAGGGUCGAUUGUGCUCGCCCAUGAUCUUUAUGAGCAGACCGUGUAUACCCUCACUAGGGCGAUGUUGAAGGAGGUGAAGAAGAGGGGGUUGAUGGCGACGACAGUGGCCGAUUGUAUGGGUGAUCCGAAGGAAUACUGGUAUCAUCGCUAGAUAGGCUGGUGGGGUAGGAGGUAGUAGUAUUAUUACUAUGUGGAUUGUGGUGUGAUACCCUGUUUUGUGAGUCCGUCGUGCAGGGGAAUAGACGAAGUCUUGGUUUGUA